UCUGUCAUUGUUGGAUGGUUCAACGUCACGUCAUAAGUCACUUAAUUAAUUUCUUUUGCUCUUCAAGACACCCUUGACGAUGGACUCGUCUGCUUCGCCCAGUUUUGACCUCAGCGCUCUCACGUUCCGUAAUUUCCUUAGCCGAUCAUCGAAUACGUCUUCAGCAUCACCAUCCAUACCAGCUGUACCAUCUUAUCAGGAGCUUGCAGCCCUUCAGCAGGAACUUUUACACUUAUCAGAUAGGGCUGCAGGGCGGCUUGAGAAGUAUUCAGGGGAACUUUCUAGGUUGGACGGGGGUGCUGGUCUUCUGUCCAAAGAUCCUUCAGUAGUCUCGGCUCCAACUUCCAGCUCAACAUCAAACGUAAACUUCAAUUCCUCAUCUACGACAAGCAAUGGAUUAUCCGGAACAGCAGCAGGACGUACGAGUGCGUCGCCCAAUACAUCGUCACCCUCAUCCUUCAACAGUUCUAGGGCAGGAGGAUCAUCUGGGUCGCUUGCACAAGGCGGUGGAAGCAGUAACCCUGCACUUGUCAAACUGGGCGUCGUGACAUUAAAGUUGAAACGUUCUGAUGCAGCCGAGAGUUCAAAGACAGACGAUGAACAAAGUUCAGCUUCGACACCUACAACCAUCAAAAUUAGAUCAGGGACACCAUCGUAAGUUCCCUUGAUGGCUCGUUGUUCAACGCAAAUGAACUUGAGCUUAUCACGUUAUUUGAAAGCAACUCAAAAUCCAACUAACAUAGAGUUAACACACGUCACUGGAUAGAAUCUCACAGGACGGGAAAAAAA